AACCUCUUCAUGUACGGAGUGUCUCUUAUUUCUAAUUUUUCAAUUUUAAAUUAGGGUUUCAUUUCUUAUCUUCAGAGUUCAGACAGAUCAGGAACAAGCGCUCAUCAGUCGUUCCGAUCCGGUAUUCCGGUAAUCAGGGGUUAGAAUGGGCCAGAUCCAGUAUUCCGAUAAGUACACGGAUGACACUCACGAGUAUAGGCAUGUGAUUCUCCCACCAGAAGUGGCGAAAUUGCUUCCUAAGAAUAGGCUUCUUUCCGAGACUGAGUGGAGGGCAAUGGGAGUUCAGCAGAGCCGUGGAUGGAUCCACUACGCCAUUCACCGACCAGAGCCGCACAUCAUGCUUUUCAAGAGACCACUGAGUGCUCCGCAGCAGCUGGCAAACGGACAAGCUCAGUAAACCCGGUGGUUCCCAAGUGACACAAUCUGAUGCUUACAUUUUGUAUUCUUCCUAAGUAAAAACAUUAGAAUGGGCAAUUUCUUUACUGUUUGAGAGCCUGUCUUCUCCCUGGGUAGACAUUAUUUCUUCUCUGUAUGGUGAAGGUUCUGUGAUAUUUUAUGUGAAAGGGUUGUUCUAUUUUAAGGGUAAUACUGGGGAAAUAUCCAUUUUCCAUUUGAAUCCGGCAUUUUGAUAGUUUCUACUUUCAAUUAGGAUUGUGCAUCACUUGGGUUUGUGGUUGUGCUUUGGCGGCUUCCUUGUGGUUUC